AAGUAUUUCACCAACGUACACGAAUAGUUUCGCAGUGAAUCAAUCGACGUGAAAUUUGAAACUGAAUCUUCUUCAGCUGCUCUUUGCGCUGCUAGUACUAUGAGCGACGAAGACGAGAGAAUGUUGUGGUGUGGCAAUUUGCACGAUAAAGCUACCGAAGCCCUACUGUACGAAUUGUUUCUUCAGGCAGGACCCGUUGAAGAGGUGAAAAUACCCCGUGAUAGCGACCGACGCCAGCGAUCGUACGCCUUCAUCACCUACGUUCAUCCUUGCAGCGUGGACUACGCGAUUAACCUGUUUGAAGGAACUGCUUUGUUUCAACGAAAGUUGACGCUCCACAGAAAGAUUCGCAACGGCCCGAACCCUGCCGCUUCGCCGCAAAUGAACUUUAACACGUCAGCAAACAGCAACCGGCUUCUACCAUCGCACUUGAGUAUUGGAACGGGGCAAUAUUCGCACGGCAACACUGAUGACAAUCCUUCGAACAGUGGCCCUGGCGGUCUCGAUACUGGCAACGUAUUGCUCGCCCAAAAUACUGUAAUUAACGAGCAAGCAAUGGCCAUGGCGCUGGCGAUGAACUUGCCAGCUGAUGUUUUCCUAGGUGAAAUGCUUUCUCAGCUGGGACAGCAAAUGCUCGGUGCCGAAUUGCCUUCGUAUGAAGUCGGUGGAAGUCAGCAGAGUUCGUUGCGGACGAAGAUGCACCGAAGCGAUCGAACGAAUGAUUAUGACCGACAUGACAGCAGUCGUCACAGCAGCAAACCCUAUUCCCGUGACGAUCGGCGUUGGCCGAAUAGUCGUCGUAAGAGCGAUAAAGACAGGAGUCACUCUCACGAUCAUCACCGCAAGAGAAGGUAG